AUGCCCCUCAGACAUUCCUUGAUUCCCUUCGCCAUCGGGAGGCCAAACUCAGGCCUUAGACCUCCGACCGACAGAACCACCAUCGUUAUUGUUAUCAAUCAGUGUCACAAACUAACGCAACUAGUCACGGCCAGUUGUUCGUUGGUAAUUGAUGACCGGCAUGACGUCCGAUUCAUUAGCGAUCCAAUGGCACUUUACAUCGGCGGACGUCAGCGUCUGGCCUUGUCAAAUGAUUUCCCCAAGAUCAAUAUGGCACUUUGUCACCGUCCGGAUCUUCUAACUAUUCAUCCCUCAGCCGAAUACCAUUCCCCACACAAGACCCCCCCCCCAACGUCCACCCCCCCCCAUACUCUCUUUUUUUUCCGCUUUCUUUUCCACUCCUCUACACCUGCUACCCCUUCUUUUAUCUAUAUCUUGUUUGACUUCAUCCACAACUUCUUUACCCCACCCUUUCAUUUUUCUUAUCUUAUUUUUUCUUUUCCUCUUCGCCAUAAAUAUUUUCAUUCUUUCCUCUUCUUUUUGAUUUUCUCACCUCAUUUUAUUUUCUCUUCCCUUCUUCAUUUCAGAAACCGCUCACAUUUGAUCUUUGUUUUACCUUUUCUUGUUUUUCUUCCUUUCCCUUUUUUCAUAGUUUUUUUCUUUUCUUUUUCCAUAACUGAUUUACGUUCUUCUUCAUUUUAUAUCUUUCCUCCCUUCAAUCUCUCUUUUGCCCAUUCUUUUUUCUUUCAUUUAUUCAUUCAUUUCUUUAUAUUUUUGCUUCAUUUCUUCUUCAUUUUUUUUGUUGUUGUUUUGCCCGUCAUUUCUCAAUUUUUUCUCUUCUUCAUUCAUUUCUUCACGUUUUAUCUCUUCUUAUUGUUUCAUUCAACAUUUUCUCCUUUCUAA